UUCGGGGAAAGAGUUGGAGCUGCGCGUGCAGGAGAGGCGGGGGACCGGGCCGGGGUUAUUAACUGCGUGGAUUUCGGGGAAUAUGUCUACAAAGCAGGUGACCUGCAGGUAUUUCAUUCAUGGUGUUUGUCGAGAGGGGAACAGAUGCAUGUUCUCACAUGAUCUGGCAAACAGCAAACCCUCAACGAUAUGUAAAUUUUUCCAAAAAGGUGUCUGUGCCUAUGGCGAGCGAUGCAGAUAUGACCACAUCAAACCGGGGGGGCGGGGAGGAGGGCCGCCUCUGGAGCACACAAACAGACCCAGUAGUGCUGGAGUGUCUGUCCCAGGACCAGGGCCUCCACCCAGUACAGGCAGAAACACUAAGAAACCAGUAGUGUUGAGAGACAGAGCUCUGGCCAGUGACACUAGAGGUCAGCCUUACAGUGGAGAAAGUGCAGAGGUUCGGGAUUGCUGGGACUACAGAGAAGGUUCCCAGGCCAAACCUCACACCUACCUUGAUGCCAUUCGUACAGGGCUGGAGAGUUCAGCCACAGCCAGCCCGUACCCGGACGUGCCCCACCAGCCACAGCUCUGCCCGUAUGCUGCCGCUGGCCAGUGUCAGUAUGGCAGCACGUGCCCGUAUCUUCAUGGAGACAUGUGUGAGAUCUGCAGGUUGCAAGUUCUGCAUCCGCACGACCAGGAGCAGAGGGCAGCACACGAGAAGAUGUGUAUGAUGGCCUUCGAGAUGGACAUGGAGAAGGCCUUUGCUGUGCAGCAUAGCCAGGACAAAGUGUGCAGCAUCUGCAUGGAGGUGGUCUACGAGAAGGCGUCUCCGUCCGAGCGGCGCUUCGGCAUCCUGUCCAGCUGCUGCCACACCUACUGCCUGAGCUGCAUCCGGCAGUGGCGCUGUGCCAAGCAGUUCGAGAAACCAAUCAUCAAGUCUUGUCCAGAAUGUCGAGUGGUGUCAGACUUUGUUAUUCCCAGCAUCUACUGGGUAGAAGAUCAGGAGGAGAAGAAUCGUCUGAUUGAGGAGUUCAAAUCUGGCGUCAGUAAGAAGCCGUGCAAGUACUUUGACCAUGGCAGAGGAACGUGUCCAUUUGGAGGGAAGUGUUUCUACAUGCAUGCCAACCCCGAUGGAACACGUGCCGAACCUGAUAAACCUCGGAAGCAGCUCGGCUCGGAGGGAAACGUUCGGUUUCUGAAUUCUGUGCGGCUGUGGGACUUCAUUGAGGAGCGUGAGCAUCGUGGAGUUCCACAGUUUGAAGAUGAAGUCAACGAACUGGGAGAACUCUUCAUGCAGCUGUCUGGAGCCGGAGAUGAAAGUGGAACGUCAGCAUCCCACUGAGCUCGCUCGAUCUCUACUUCUCGCUCUCUUAUACAUACAAACACACCCACACACUGACACUCACACACGCAUACUUACACCUAUAGGCCGACCUCAAGAAACCAUGGUUUCAUAUCUUUGGUAACUGUGUACAUUAUCUGGGCAAUAAAAAUGUACUCACUGGUAAAACUUUCCCUGUUUAUGGUUUGAAGUGGUUUUUCUAAAAAGCAAAAAAAAAAAGAAAAGAAUCUUUUUACCUGUGGUACAUUUUUUGUGGUUUGACAUAUAGCAACUGAAUAUGAUCAUAUUUAAAGGCACCUGUAUUGUUUCUGUAAGCUGCUAUGUUUUCCUGAUACAUGAGGAUCGAAUAUUGCUGGAUUGAAAAUGCGAUUUUUAAUGCGUCCAAAGAAAACAUGUAUCAUGAGAAAAAAAGAAAAAAAAGGGACUGGUAAAACCUUUGGCACAUCAUGACUGCACUCCAGUAGUGUGUGAAGUAUAACGAUUAUUGUGUAUUUAAAGAAAAGAAGAAAAAAAAAACAGUGUAAUUGCUGCACUUAGAUCCAUUUACGAAAAAAAAAAAAAUCACACAACUUUACUAUUUUUGGGAGAAUUGCAAUAUUAGAAGAUUCAUUUUCUUGUAUCUCCUCAUCUUACCUAUAAACUUCAGUAAAUGUUUUUAGGACUGCUUAGAUAUGAUGACAUCUUUCUGAAACACAGCAGAAACACUCAUACUGAACUGAACUGUCCCGUCGUGUGUACGCUCGGUGAUGAUGGUACCUGAUGAAGCUGGCAUUAUUCUGUUGUAUGAAUUGUCUUGUUGAGUGACUCUGGUGAGACUGUAAUAAACUAGCAGUGAGUCCGCUGUAUGACUGAUA